CCGUCAAAGCAAUACAGUCUCGUAUAUGUGGGGGUUUAAGCGGAGAAAUAGUUCGCAUGUUCAAUUAAAGUUUAAAGAAUUACACUUAAAUUAUCGCUUAUGUGCUUGCGUCGCGUUUAAGUAUUCGGAAUGUGCGCUGUUAUGGUGAUAAUAAAUUACUUGGAAUACAAAUACGAAGUAAAAUUCUGACUUGCACACUCAAACUCUUUUUACAAAGUUAUACAAAUAUGUCUAAAUCUCACGCAAGACGUCUAUUUUUGCUCGCCUCAAUGCGUUUGCUUUACUCCGUUCAAUUUGUGCUUGCCGACAUACGAAAUUGUGAUUUCAAAGAUACCGUUAAUCUGGUAAAUAUUCGACCAAAUAAGCAUGGCGCCUAUGAUUAUGGUGGAAUAAGCAUACCCAAAAGUUUAACUGCCAACUACGAUUAUGAAGAACUCGCCGAUGGCACGCGCUUUACUAGCUCAGCACAUACCAGGGGCUGUGCGUGUAAACUGAAGCAGUGCAUACAACUGUGUUGCAUGCCAAACCAACUGCUAGACAAGCAGACGAUGAAGUGUGUCACACCCAACGAUCUUAGCUUGGAAUAUUUACCCGAACUUGAAAUAUUUAAUGAAGAUCUGGACUCUACUUUAGUCAACGUAAGUGAAGCUUUUAUUUCACAGCAGCGAUUACCGUGUGAUAACUUUGCUAUACUGAGUCCAUGGGAGUUUGAAGACGACGCAUACAUUUUAUUUGAGAAUGCCUCAAUAUUACAUAUGAUUAAUGAGGAGCUUAUACCCUAUCGAGAUUACUGUCUAACACCUUACUGGUACAACAAUACAGUGAAUUUGAAUCCUAUUAUCUGUUAUGCGAAAACAGCGACGACAACUUAUGUCAAUAUGUUGUUCUUGGCAAUAUCAGUGCCAUUCCUCUUGGCGACAAUCUGGGUAUACUUGUAUGUGCCGCAGCUACGUUGCCUACACAACAGCUGUCUCAUCUAUUUUCUGGCUACCUUCGCCAUCGGCACCGCUCUACUAAGUUCAACAGCAUGGAUCACUUACGGUAUGGAGGCCUGUCGUAUAAUAGGUUCAGUAUGCUAUUUCUUCAUGAUAUCUGCUUUCUUUUGGUUGAAUAUUACCUGCUUCGAUUUAUGGCUGAGUAUACGUGGCAUCAGAUAUGAGCUGCAGUCGAGCAAUCCGCAAUUACGUUUCUUUUAUUAUUCGAUUUAUGUGUGGUCAGCGGCUGUGAUCUUUACCGUUAUCGCUGUAACUAUUGAGCAUUUUAAUAUAAAUGAUGCCUGGAAGCCGGGAAUCGGUAUUGGACAAUGUUUUAUAAAAUCGGCGUCGGCAAUGCUGUAUUUUCAUGGACCAAGCGGUUUGCUGAUAUUAUUUAAUAUUAUCUUUUUCUUCUUGAGUGUAAACGAUCUUUAUCAAAUCAAAGAUGCCAACUACCAAAUCCAAAGUGAUAAUAGCCAGCAAUACAAGUUCGCCACAUUUUUACGUUUAUUCAUCAUUAUGGGUAUUUCAUGGAUUAUGGAAGUGAUAUCGUACAUCACGCCGACAUAUAAUUCGAUUAUUUUCACAAUUUUCAAUAUAAUCAAUUCGUCACAAGGCAUAAUAAUAUUCGGAGUACUCGUGUUGAAGCCGCGGGUGCUAAUGUUGCUAAAGAGUCGGUGGAAGGCAUAAUUGUCUUGGCGGCCAUAUACUAUUUAUAUAGUUUUACAAAGCCACGCAACCGAGUUGAUUCGUUUGUACGAUAAGAAGUCGUACUUUUUAAAUAUUUUGAUGACGAUGGGAGAGCCAGAGAGAGUAUAAGUCAUUAUACGGCAACAUACAUAUGGAUAUGUACAUAUACAUAUAUAAUCUUCAUAAACGUUUAUAAAUACAUUUGUAGGUACGAUAUAAGCAAUGAAUUGUAAAGCUGAUCUCAUAUAUUUUCAAAUGUUUAUUAUAAUUACAAACAACUACAACAACUUUAAGAAUUUUAA